GGGGCGGCCAAUCACCGCACCGGCGCCUGCGCAGUUCCGGGGGGCCGGCGGCGCGCGGGACGUACGGAAAAGUGUGCGGGUGCGGAAGGGCAGCGGCGGUUGGUGGUGCUCCCGCCAGAGCGCAGGGGUUUGGUACGUUAGGGAAGAGCCGCGGAGAGGUUUCCUGAGCUUGGCUCAGCCUGGUCAGCGACGGUCCUGUCUUACUGCAGUUUUCAAAGUUACAGUUGAGUUUCGGUAUUCAAAAUCCAGAACAAGUGAAAACAAUGGAUGAUGACUAUAUGGCUUCCUUCACACCCCCGUUCCUCACUGAAAGCUUGGAGAUGGCAAUGGAAGUGGAGAAUGAGAACUCGAAGCCAUCCUGUUUUUCCUGUGUUUUUGACAACCGAAAUGGAGGGAGAAGCUUCUCUUCAGAGUCUUAUUUAGCAAGUGGGUCUCUUAAGAGGGUUUUGCUGAGACUAGAUCCUUCUCCAAAUGACUGUGAAGAAGAUACAGUGGAAAUGUUUGGCUUUCAGUGGGUUACUGAAAUGGCAUUAGUUGAAUCCUGUGGGCUUCUCUUUGGAUUACUUAGGCAACGAAUACACAGAUUGGAAAACCUAGUACAGAUGAGUUCAUCUGAUUUCAGUCAAGCUGCCAACUUGCACUCUGAAGCAGAGAGCAUCAGGCAUCAGUGUAUUGAGUUUUUGCAUUAUGUGAAAGUUUUCAUCUUCAGGUAUCUGGAACCUCCUAGCACAGAAAAUGAUGGAAUGCUCCACCCAUAUGAAGAACUAGAGGCCCAACUGCCGUCAUUGUUGGUGGAAGAGCUUCAUGCUUUGACCCUACAAAUUGGCCACCUUUUUGAACUAUCUAGUAGCAUUCUGGCAGCAUUUACAAUUCAACAUCAGGCAAAGCUCUUUCCUCCAUCAUGGCAUUUACUACAUCUCCAUUUGGAUAUCCAUUGGCUAGUGCUGGAAAUCCUUCAUGUCCUAGGUGAAAAAAUGAUGAGACAAGUUGUAUAUGCUAACCAUUUCAUAAACCUGACUGGAGAGAAUUUAACCAGUAUCAGUUUAUUUGAAACACAUUGUGGAAAUCUCAUAUGUGAUUUAAUAAGCAUAUCCAUCAAUAAGUAUAUAAAGGUGAGACCUUCUGAAGCUCUUACUAGUCACCAUUAUCCCUGUACCUGCGUUAAAGAAUUAUGGAUUCUAGUUAUUCAGCUGCUGGAUCAUAGAAAUAAAGGGUCUCAUACAGAGUCUUUCUGGAGCUCAGUGAACAUAAAUCUAAAGAAUAUCUUUGAAAGACCAAGUAGUUCUGACAGGAUGUCUGUUUUCGAAACAAUUCAGUGUAAAGACCCAUUGAGUUUUAGCUGGUGGAUUAUUACACAUCUGGCAUCACUCUACCAGUUUGAUCGUAAUGGAAAUCUAGAUGAAAAGAAACACAAGGAAUCCAAUUGGAAAUUUGUGGAAGAACUCCUCAAAAAAUCGAUUGAUGCUCAAACUGGUGUGUUAGAGGAACAGUUACGAAUGCAUCUUCAGUGCUGUUUGACUUUGUGUAGUUUCUGGGACUUGAAUCUAUCUGUUGCCACCAUCCUCUGGGAUUAUUACAGCAAGAACUUGAACAGUUCCUUUACUGUUCCUUGGCUUGGUCUGAAUGGUCUGGCAAAUAUUAGUAAAACUCCUUUGUCAAUGCUUGAGUUGGUGAAGAGCUGCUGUUGUGACCAGCAGAUCCCUGCUCUGUACAAGUCCAGCAACAGUUACCUCAUUUUUCUCAGCAUUUUGGCACGGAUGAUGAAAGAAGAGGCAGAGAACAGUGGUGUGCAUCCCUGGAAACAAAUUAAAGGACGAAUUUAUUCGAAGUUCCAUCGGAGAAGAAUGCAGGAGCUGACAGAAGUGGGUCUGCAGAACUUUUUUAACCUUUUCCUUAUGCUAGCAACUGUUGCAGAGACAGAAGACAUAGUGAGUCGAGUGUUGGAUCUUUUGGAUUUCCUGAGUCCAUCCUCUGUUACUGUCUGUCAGAGAGCUCUCAUUUGGAGAGGCCAGCUUGCUUUUCUUUUGAUUUAUGUUGAGAAGAACAUGGACAUUAGUGUCCUAGCUGAGAAACUCUCAAAUGCUUUCCAUGAAAAAGCAAAGGAAUUUUUGGUAACCAAAAAUGACUAUACACAGAAACAAAAUCUCUGGACUUUACUUUCAACAUACAUUGAUGGUGUUCAGGAAGUGUUUGAGAUCAGCUGUGACUUGAAUCUUUCUCAGGAAAAGCUGCUAAAUGAUGGCUUUACUAUGCUGCUGCCUGCUUGUCGAGGAGCUGAACUGAGUAUGGUCCUAAAUUUUCUACAGGUUGUUCUAGCCAGACUUCGGAGUGUGCACAAACGUGUAAGCCAGGGGCUUCAGCUAGGGAACACGGGCGCAGAUGCACAGCUUCCAUUAGUGGCUAAAGAGCACCACCUUGCUGUCGCCAGUGCUCUCUGGAGAAAUUUCUUUCCCUAUUUGAAGAGUCAGAGAAUGGCACAGAUGCCACCUUCCCCACAGCUUGCUGACACAGCUGCAGGUUUUACUCUCUUAGCUUUGGACAUGCCCAGCAAAGCUCUGUCAGAUCUCCAGCCACAGCCUGUUCUAUCAAUGAUGCAGUUGUUUGGAUGGGAUGACAUGGUGUGGCCUCAGCUGGUGUCAAGAUAUCUAAGUCAUCUAAUACAAAACAGUGCACUAUAUGAAGCUUUUUCUAGUAUGGGCUAUACAUCCUAUGAAGCUUUGACAGUUCGUUCUUGGUUUCGAUGCAUUUUGCAAAUGUUCAUAGAUCAACCGACUGGUAUGCUGGCCAAGACAGAUGCUGAGCGAACAGUUGGGAAAGUCUAUAUGGAGCAGCUGAUUGAAAUGACACGACUGGUUUUUAAACUCAAAGAAGUAGAAAACAUUCUCUCAAAGGCUCAUGUUGAAGAGUCAGUUUUCAAGCAAGACCCUAAAAACGCUCUUGUCCAGUUCAUUAAGGCUGUUGGCAGAACUUACAGUGGUCUUCAAACACUCCCUGAAAAAUCUGCCAUGGUAGCAAGGACUCUGGAAUAUUUAGGAGAUAUAUUAAAGUAUGUGAAACCUUAUCUGAAGGUAAAAGGACCUCCAGAAGGUCUGCAGCUUACUUACUGGAUCAUAGGAUGUCUUGUAAAGUUCUGGGCACCAAUACUGGCUACUUCCAAAGCGCAGCAGCUCCUCUUCCGCAUCAUAGAUUGCUUGCUGCUGCCACACUCUGUGCUCCAGCAAGACAAAGAGCUGUCUGUGGCUUUGCUGUCUGCCAUUCAAGAAAGCCUGCCUCUUUAUCUGCAGGGUUUGUCCUUUAUAUGUUGUCAGUCCCAAACUCAGGGGCCCUAUUUGAAUCAACUGCUUGGGAGCAUUAUUCAACAGUAUUUUGGACGAUUUCUCCCUUCUUCACCAACUGCACCAGGAGCUGGGCUGCAUCCCAUGGCGCUAGCCUUAUGCAGUUCCAUCACAGUCCCCCAGAUGCUCCAUCUACGGAAGACCACUCUGCAUGUCAUAAAUGAACACUACCUGCAGUUCAAAGGUAAUGCUCCGCCUCCUCGCUUGGCCUCAGUUCUUGCUUUCAUUCUUGAAGUGCUUCAGAAAACUCAGAGCACUGAAAUAUGUGACAUCGGCUUGGUUCUCCCAGCUGUGUUGAAAUGCAUGGUAUUGGUUAACGAACUACAAGUUAAAAAAAUAGCUACAGACGUUCUACAGUACAUAGUAGAAGACUGCCAAGCAGGGUCAGGAGGAGAACAUGCCACCCAGCUGACUUCUGUAUUUAGGCAGUUUAUCCAGGACUAUACAGCAGUGUAUGAUCAUCGGGUUUUCAGCAUACUAGAAACAGUGGCAGUCUUGGAUCAGACAUUAGUUACCUGCCUCAUUCCCACAAUCACACAGUCCCUGAAGGAUUCAGAGCACAAACAAGGUCUUGGAAGGAAUACUGCGCAGAGAGAAGCCUAUAAAAGACUCUUAUCUCACCUCGCAGAGGCUGGACAAAAUGAGAUACAAAAACUGGAAAAUGGGACAAAUUAGCAGCAUGCUGGCAAUUAAUCCUUUCCUCUUGAAUCUUCUCACACUGUUGAUACCUGAAGCAGCACUGCAUGGCACACUAUCCAAGUUCUUUAUCUUUACAAUUGCAAUACAUUUAUCAAUUUUGGUUUUUUUAAGUUAUAUAUUAAUUUUAAUAAUUUCUGUAGUAUUUGAAUAUUCUCAUGCAUAUGAAGAUUAAUUCUCAAUAUAUUGUUGAACGAUGAUGGAAAGAUGUGGCAAAUUUAUUAUAUGUUAAAAUGUUUAUAUGAGCAGAAGAGCCUGUACUGCAGUGUACAAAAUGGGAUUUCAAAGGACCAAAGUGUCAUUUCAUUUCACAUUUUCAAUUCACAUGGCCCUCUUAACAGUGUACUUUUGAAACCCCCCCCCAUUCAGUACGUUCUUAAGAAAAUUACAACUCCUUAACUUCUAAUUUAUAAUUUUAGUACAGCGAGAAAGACUGUGAUCUCUAGUAGUGAACUCGAUGAAUAUGGUGCAUUCAUGCAUUUGCCAGGAGUUGGAACAGUAUGCUAGAGCUAUCUUAUGUUAAGAGAGGGCUUGUGUAUAUGUUGCAUAGAAUACAGAAUUCAUAUAGGUGUCCUAUCCUUCCUCCUGUAUCGAAACCAGAUUCCAAUGUAAAAUCUCUUCUGUUGUCCUUGUGGGUAAUAUAAGAAAAGGUAGGUUCAGAUUUCUUUUCUUUUUUAACACUACAUUCGUAAAAAUUAAUCCAGAAUUUACAGUGAUACCAUGACAUUUUAAAAUAUUCGUGAUACUAUUAAAUAUCCAUUUGACUUGGACUAUAUGUCAAUGGUGAGAGAAAAAAGGUGAGAGGGCAGAUGGACUUUUUAAAAAAAAUACUCAUUUUGGAAAUUAAUUUUAUUUCAUUGUAGGCUAGUAGUUAUUUCUAUUUGCCUGGAAAGCUGGAUUUUUCAUAUAUUUUGCUGUAUUAUGGAUUAUCUUUUGGGUCUGACCUGUUUUCCAAGGCAGGUCUGGCUCUGUAACUUUUUCUAUGUUUUUUUUUAAAGUUCCCAGGGAACUUUCAUUAGUGCCUGUGGAAUUCAAAUUUUUUACUUCCCUCAAUAACCUAUAUUUCUGCAGCUACUUACUGGACUCUGGGAGUUGCGAGUUUGCUCCAAAUGGCAGCACUGGUGAACAGGAUGCCUACUUUUAAAGUUAUUCAGAUUUUAACUUUACAACAUUAAUGGGAAGGAAAGAUUAUUUUUGUGUCUAACAACUCCAGGAAAAAAUCCCUAAAAUAUUGUUCAGAGCAGCUUCUCUUUCGUUACAGUAAUCUUACCAAGUCGAAAUAGAUAAUCUUUUUCCCUAAAUCAUCUAUCGUUACUUCAGAUAGUGCAGUAACUAAAAGCCUCUUUAGGCUACUUAAUAGCGCAGAACAUGGAGGUUCUUUCCAUUAUGAACGUGACUUAUUGAACUUGCAUUGUAGCUUCUUGUAAGCUUCUGUACCUGGGAGGAGUUUUAUUCAUCUCAGGAGGAUUGUGCUUCUGAAAAGUUUUUUUUUUUUCCUAAAAAAAAAAAAAAAAUAUAUAUAUAUAUAUAUAUAGUGUAUGUAUAUAUAAAUAAAUAAAUAAAUAAAACCUCUCCAAGUGAGAUUAAUAGAGAUGUCUUUGAAAUUUAAGCCUCACUACACAGCAGGUAAUAGAACAGAUGUCUGACUGUAGUAUUACUUCCUGAAAGUAAAACCUUUGACUUUUAAAGGAUAGAGCAGAUACUGUAUCAAAUUGUUUAAUGUGUUUAGUAGAUUUUUAAAGACAUAUUUAAUACUGUCUGUAGUGGUUGGAAGUUUCUGAAAAAGCAACAGAGCUUUAUCCAAAUGUGAAACAGCUCUUGGUGCAUGAGAAACUAAUUUAAACAGUUUGGAAAUUAUCAUUCUUCUCUGUCAAAAAGUUAAUAUGAACAGAAAUAAAGCAUUUUGCAUUGUAUUCAUCAA